AUGUACAAAGAGUUAGCAGUUUCAGCAUCUGUUCCAGAAACGAAGCUCAAGAGAGCAUUCAAGACAGGUACUUUAUCACUUAGUGCAGCUGAAUUAGCUGGAAACGAUGCAACGCUCCAUCUUCACCCCGAAUCUUAUGCAAAAGCUCUUCGAGCUCAAAAAUCUGGUAAAGGAACGCGUUUAGCUAUCACUCAUAAAGAAAUAGCCUAUCCGUUCAAGCAUAUGCAAGGUGGAGGCAUGCAUGGGGCUUCAAUUUUCAGUAAAAUCUGGGGAGGAAUCAAGUCAUUGUAUGGGUUCGCGAAAGACUCGGGUAUCUUGUCCCGCGUUGCCGACGCCGCCGUUCCUGCUCUUGCAACCGCUCUUGGAGCACCACAAGGAGCUAUUCCGGCGAGAGCUGCUAUUCGUUCUAUGACUGGUAUCGGGGUUUAUGACAGCGACAUCGAGAGUAACCCUAACGAUGGAGGUCGUUUAACUAUGACUGAUGUUAAAAGUGGAGCAAAACGUGCCCUAGCUUACACGAAACGUAAGGGUAUCCUCACAGAUGCGGUAGAUGCUGGUGAAAGAUUCCUCAUGAGUAAGGCUACCAAACCAGAACACAAUGAUUUGAUCAAGACGAUUUGUGGUGAGGUUUGGGAAGACAACCAAGGUGCGAUCGCGUUAGCCAAUAAUGCCGGAUACCACGCUAAGACGAGGCAUGUGGGCAUCAAGUACCACUUUAUUUGCGAGAACGUGCAAGGAGGACUGUUGAAGAUCGGCUUUAUUGACACGAAGAGUCAGCUUGCGGAUAUGCUAACGAAGGCACUUGGAACCAAGAUGCUAAUGUAUCUGCGCGAAGCCUCCAAGGUCAAGUCAGCGACAAAGCACACGCAGCAUUAG